UAUUGCUCAGUAACCAAAUUCUCUUCUAGAAAACAGUGAUUCUCUGAUUUCAAGGUGAUGCAGUAUUUCUAUCACUGGGGUUGAUAAGGUGUUCAGUGAAACAUUCUGCAGACAUGUCAAGUACUGGCUAGUAUUUAUGAAAAACGGGCUGUUCUCUAAGUCAUUAACACUAAGAGUACGUUCUUGCAGAAACUGAGAUGUCUUCACCAAAUGAUGUCAGUAUGGAAGAGAUACUGCUGGAAGACAAUGAGCAAGACAGCAUAGAAUACAGGAUCCUCAUGGUCUAUGCCCAGCGGAAGUUGCCAGCCAGCAAAUAUAAGAAACUUCUGAAAAAUGAGGCAAAUGUGCUGAAAACAUCAUCCUUAACCAGGAGUGAAGGGGAGAUCCACCAUCAGAGGAAUAAAAGUGGGCCAAGCCAAACAUCAGAAUUGCAGCAUGGUGCAAAGAAACAGAAAAGCAAGAAGCAACCUCAACCCAAACAAAAAUUCUUGUCAAGAUAUUGUCUGCCUUUAUUCUGCAGCAGAGCAGAGCAGAAAAAUCCCACAAAAACAUGUGCACCCAAAAGUCGAAUGGAAGAUUUCUCCAAUUCUGAUACCUGCACUGAGAGCCAUCAAAAAAGGAGUUAUCAGGAGCAAAGUGAAAAAGCAGAUGUCAACCACAUUGUAGACAAACUCUCCAAGCUUGUUACUACCACGUCUCAGCCAUCUCCUUCAAAUGUGACAUUCAAGAUGCUUGUGCUUACCCAGGCUCUGGAACAAGAUGGCAGAGAUACUGCUGAUGAAAAUGAGGGUGAAGUAAAUGAUGAAGAAAAGACUAUACAAACAAUAGUCGCACUGUUAAGAAAAUCAGGGAAUCAGCUAGAAAAAAAGUUCAAAAAGGACAGGAAUUUCUACCAGCGUUUUGAAGAUAUGCUGUCCUAUGCCUUCUUCGAGAGGAUCACCAAUUUAUUCCUGGAGAAUGUCUGAGCAGGUUCAACAAACAAGACAGAAGACCAGUUACAAUUCACCAGAGUUGCCUUUGCACUGGAAAUUGCCGCCAGACUUACUGCUGUGGACAAUCAUCCUACGAACCUGGUCAUGCGCUUUGGAUUGAAGUACCUCCAAGAACACUUCAGUCUCUGGAUUCAUGACCAUGGGGGCUGGGACAAGGUGCUGAGUUCACUGGAUAAAGAAGUAGAAUAG